AUGGCGCGUCCAGAUCUACUCAAAACGUCCGGCGGUGAUCCACGGAGACCUCAGGCAGCCAAGAAAUACAGUCGGCCUGUCGUAAAUGCUGAUGACCAGCCUCCAGACCCGAUGCUCCUCAUGGCCCUUGUGUUUGGAGUGCUUGCCCUGCUCAUGAAGAUGAAGGUGUGUGCAUGGUGCUCUGUGUUCUGCUGUAUUUCUUCACUUGCGAACAUGAAGAGCGAGUUGAUGGACUUGAAGCACAUCAUCAGUUCAGUGACGUUUGCUGUGAUGGGGCUGGUGGCCAGUUACCUUGUGCCAGUGUCACACCAAAGGAGAUCGUCGGGCUGA